AGCACUCCUCAAUGUGAAAGUAUGAAGAAUCACAACAAUAGGAAACGAUGAAGAAGAUGAAAUAAAAAGAAAACAAAGUACAAAUAGUUUUAUGACUUGUCACUCUUGAUAUUCCCAAAGCCGAUCCUCUCCUUUCCUCUUUCUCUUCCGUUGUCAAGAAUCUUUUAAACAAACCCUAGAAGGAGCCUUCAGCUAUGGCAGCCACAACUAUUUCCACGCCUUUGUUUUGUUUUUGUUUAUGUUUAUGUUUAAGCGUUUUAGUGAGUGUUGUGAUUGGGAAUUCUGAAGGAGACGCUCUUUACACUUUUAGAAAAAGCUUGUCAGAUCCAGAUAACGUUCUCCAAAGCUGGGAUCCUACGCUUGUUAAUCCCUGCACUUGGUUCCACAUCACUUGCAAUCAAAACAAUCACGUUACUCGGGUUGAUUUAGGUAAUUCAAAUCUGUCUGGACAUCUAGUCCCUGAACUUGGGAAGCUGGAGCAUUUGCAAUAUUUGGAGCUUUACAAAAACAACAUUCAAGGAACUAUCCCUCCUGAGCUUGGUAACUUGAAGAGCCUCAUUAGCUUGGACUUGUAUAGCAACAACAUCUCUGGAACAAUCCCUCCCUCCUUGGGGAAACUCAAGUCUCUUGUCUUUUUACGGCUUAAUGAUAACCAACUUUCUGGAAAAAUUCCCAAGGAACUUGUUGGAAUUUCAAGCCUCAAAGUUGUGGAUGUAUCUAGCAAUGAUCUAUGUGGAACAAUUCCUGCCAGUGGGCCAUUUGAACACAUACCUCUCAGCAACUUUGAGAAUAAUCCUAAACUAGAAGGUCCACAGUUGCUGGGACUUGCGAGUUAUGGCACAAACUGCUCAUGAAUUAUUGACCGGUUGGUUUCAGAUGGAUAUGUACUUGAAAAAUCAAAAGUUUCUCACCUUUACCUCAAAACUAGUUGGAUUGGCCAAAUGAAACCCAUAUAUAUGUAAAAUAUACUAUACUGCAUGAAUAAAUGCAUCUGUAAUUCCAUUGUUAUGCUCUUUCCAAAACUUUCAAGACAAGAAUUUUAUUGAUGCAAUACUAGUGAAGGUUUCUCA